CAUGGCGGCGAGCAGCGCGCGGCGAGUUGGUGUCGGUGUCGGGGGCGCGUGAGCCGCUCUCCGCCGCCGUGCUGUUCACUGUGUGUUUGUUUGUGUUUAUGAAGCCCGUGUCUCCCUCCGCAGCCUCGCGCGCAGCGGCCAUGGAGGAUGAGGAGAGGAGGAGGAAGCUCGAGGCCGGCAGGGCUAAGCUGGCGGAGUACAGGCAGAGGAAGGCCCAGAGCGAUGGACAGAAGAAGCAGAAGAAGAAGAAGCAGAAGGGAUCGGAGCCGGAGGACAGCGGCGUCCAGCAGGAGGGGGCUGGAGAGAGGAAGGAAACGCCCACCACCGAGUUCUCCUUCUCCAGGACCCUGCGCAGCGGAGAGACGGUCAAACACGACCAAACGUACACCAUAGAGCCCGAGAGCGAAGUUUCCACCACGGCUGAAGACUACUCCUCCGAGGUCAAUGGGUGCCAUGAGCUGUCUCAGAGGUCACUGGAGGACGAAGAGCUACAUCCUCCAGUGUCUCCUCUGGAAGAGGAGCUGCAGCAGGCCGAGCCGCCGAGCCGCCUGCAGGCCAUGGAGGACGAGCUGGCCGCCAAAAACCUGGCGGUGGAGGAGCUGAGCCGAGAGCUGGAGGAGAUCAGGGCGGCGUUCGGAGCUGAGGGAGUGCAACAGCUGCAGGACUUUGAGGCUGCGCUGAAACAGAGAGAUGGAAUCAUCACCCAGCUGACGGCCAACCUGCAGCAGGCUCGUACGGAGAAGGAUGAGGUGAUGAGGGAGUUCCUGGAGCUGACGGAGCAGAGCCAGAAACUACAGCUCCAGUUCCAGCAGUUGCAGGUAGGUGAGUCGUUGAGGAGCUCCAGCAUCAGCAACGCUGCGGCGGACCUCCAGCAGGCCAAGCAGCAGGUCCUGUUUUUCCAGCAACAACUGGAGGACAGAGAUGUUCAGGUCAAAGGUCUCCAGGUGCAGCUGGAGGAGAGAGACAUAGAGGUCAAAGGUCUUCAGGAGAAGCUGUUACAGAUGACCCAGCUCCAGCAGAGGCUCUCCCAGAUCGAGACGGUCACGUGGGAAGCAGAAGAAUCCUUCACUCAGAGACUGAAGGAGAAAGACCUGAGGGUGGCAGAACAGGAGAAACUGUUAGCCGAGCUCCAGGACGGUCUCCGAGCAUCUGAGCAACGUCUCCAACAGGUUACGAGGGAAGCAGAAGAAUCAUUUGCUCAGAGACUGCAGGAGAAGGACCUGCGGAUAGCAGAACAGGAGAGGCUGAUGGCCGAGCAGCAGCAGCUGUUAGCCCAGCUCCAGGACAAUCUCCAGGCAUCCAAAAAUCAUCUGAAUGAGGUCAGUGAGCAGCUGGCCAUGAAGGUUCGUGAGCUGGAAGCCUGUGAGCUGGAGCUCCAGACGUCCAGGCAGAAGGAGCGUCUCUCAUCCGGCGAGAUCCAGCAGCUGAUGGGCACUGUGGAAGACCUGCAGAAGCGCUACCACCACCAGGGAGCAGAGCAAGGAGACACUGCCCGUAAGAUGGACCACCUCAGGGCAGAGCUGGAUGAGAUGUAUGGCCAGCAAAUUGUCCAGAUGAAGCAGGAACUCUCGGCCAGGCAUGCAGAGGAGUUGGCACAUAUCCAGAAUCAGCAUUCUGCAGAGGUGGACAAGAUCUCAGAGCAUUUAAGAGCAAAGUGGACUCAGAGUGCUGGAGAGGUCAAUGCGCUGAAUGCUCGGGUUGUGGAACUCCAGCAAAAGCUGCAGGAGAACCAGGUUCUGCGAGAGAAAGCUGAGCAGGACCUUGCACAUGUAUCCGAAGACAGGUUUUUGCUGCAGAACCGGGUACGGGAACUUGUUGAGGACUUGCGCUUGGCAAAGCAACGUAAUGAAAUGGAAAAAAGUCAGACUGUCCAGCAGGAGCUUCAAGCUGCAAUUAGCGACCUGCAGGCUAAGCUGGCGGCUGCUCAGGAAGCCUCAAGUGAGCUGGAGGCCAAGCAUGAGUCAGAGAUCACCAACUACCAAAUCAAGCUGGAGAUGCUGGAACGGGAGAAGGAUGCGGUUCUGGACCGGAUGGCGGAGUCUCAGGAGGCAGAGCUGGAGCGACUACGAACACAGCUCCUUUUUAGCCAUGAGGAGGAACUUUCCAGGCUCCGGGAAGACCUUCAACACGAGAGCCAAAUGAACAUGGAGAACCUGCGGGAUGAGCUCCGGCAGGUCCGGAAUGGGUACGAAGCUGAGAAAGCGGUUAUGGAUGCAGAAAGAGCCUCGCUACUGCAGGAGAUUGUGGUGCUGAAGCAUGACCUGAGCCAGGCGCUGGAAAACUCUAGAGCAGACGAGCUGGUCUUGCAGCUAAAAGAACUACAGGAAGAAAUUCAGGAGCUGAGAAAAAGAGACAGUGAGAAAAGUGGACCUGAAGUGGAAGAGACCUGGGAACGAACCUGGAAAGACAGUCUGGAGUCUGAAAACAAGCUUCUGAAAGAAAAGGAAGCUGCCAUGGCAGAAGAGCUGAAGUCUCUCAAGCAAGACCAUGAGGUUCUGUUGAAGAAAAUGGGGACUCUUGCCACAGACAAUGAAAAAGCAAACAAAUUAGUGGAAGACCUGAGAGCUGAAAUUGAGAAGCAGAAGACCACGUUCUCAUUUGCAGAGAAAAAUUUCGAGGUAAACUACCAGGAGCUAAGGGAGGAGCUGGAGGAGCGACUGAGGGAGAAGACGCUGCAGUAUGAGGCAAAACUCCAGAAACUUCAGACAAAGCUACAAACCCCUGAGCAGGGAGAUGAGAGAAGGUGGACAGAAGAGAAAGAGGAGAAGGAACUGGAUGGAGGCGCGUUGGUAGAGAAGGAUGCGACUGAGCUAAUGGAGAAGUUGCAGAGGGUGGAGCUGGAGAAGGCAGGGCUGGAGGAGAAGGUGGAACAGAAGCAAACAGAGCUACAGAAGAUGGAGGGAGAGCUACAGAGGGUGGUGCUGGAGAAGGUGGAGCUUCUGGAACAGAAGGAGGCACAGCUCCGGAGGGUAGAGGUGGAGAAGGUGGCGCUUGUGGAGCAGACUAAACAGAAGGAAGUGGAGCUCUGUGCUUUGAGGGAUGAGGUGAAAGAGACUGCACUAAAGAACAGUUUUCUGGAGAAAGAACUGGAAGCCCUAAAACAAAAGCAGCUGGAAGAUGGAGGUGUUUGCUCCAUCAAAGAUCAUCAUCUCCAGAUCACAGCACUGGAGGAGGAACUGCAGGCACUUCGCACCUUGAGGAGCGCGGAGCAGGAUCGACUCGCUGUCCUGCAGCAGGAAGAGCAGGCGCUAUCAGAGCAGAAGGAGGAGGAGGAUGAGGAGGUGGAGGCGGUACCUGUGGAGGGUCUCCUCGCUCCACCCCUCGCUCUGACAGGGAGAGAGAGAGAGUCGACCGUGUUCACCGCACAGAGAGCACACUCUCUCAGCGGUGGCAGCGGUGGCGUCGUCGUCACGGAGACGCAGCAGGAGCAGGUGAAGAUCAGAGAUGUCCUCAGCCAUGGAGAGACCGGAGUCCAGGAAGUGACCCGUCCACUCAGCAUGGAGGGAUCUGACCACGAAGAAUGCAGGUUGCAGAUGGAAGCUCUGAGGAUCAGUCUGAGUCAGAUCCACGCUGCACAGCUGGAGCUGCUGAAGGAGAGCCUGCACGCGCAGACGACAGUUCCCACAGAUGAUCCCAGGUGCCGGAGCUUUAAGGAGGAGGAGUCGGAGGACUGCAGGCAACUCGCUCAGAUGGUGCGUGAAGAUCAGACCGUGAGGAGCGAGAACGUCCACAGCUCCUGCCCCGCCGGACCCCCCCUCAGCCAGCUGAAAGAAGAAGAGACUGACCGCUCGUCCAGCUGGGAGGUGGACAGGAGGUUGAGGCUGGAGUUCCAGGAGCAGCAGGAGCUUCAGGAGCAGCAGCACAGGCAGGAGAUCCAGCGUCUGAGGAGCUAUUACAGCCAGCAGGCCGAGGAGACAGAGGAACGCUACAGGAACGAGAUAAACCUCCUGCAGAACAGACUGCAGGAACUGACCGGGGCAGAGGCCAUCUACAGGUACGAGUACAGUGUCCCAGGUGAUUCUCCACAUGUCCAGCAGAGGGCAGACCUCUUCCAGGACGGUCAGCUGGACGAGCUGGACAGCUUGAGGAGAGAGAGUGAGGAGAGGGCGAGAGACCCUGAGGAUCUUCAGAGGCAGAGAGAGGAGGACAUUGCGAAGGUGAUAGUGCAGAUGUCGGUGGAGUUCGCUCAGCAGACUGAACUGGCUCGGAUCAGCAGGCAGGCCGGAGACGAGGAGCGAGAGAAACUGGAGGAGGAGCUUCUUCAGCUCAGGAGCCAGCUGGAGAUGCUGGAGGCUCACCGCAGCACCUGCACACAGCAGGGGGCAGAGCAGACGGACAGAGAGGAAGAGAAGGAGAGAGGAGGAGAGGAGAUACGGCGUCCCAGCAUGCAAAGCAGCGGCACACAGACAGAGGCGAGGAGCGGAGAGGAGGAUGAGGAGGGAGAGAGGCUGAGGAAGAAGGAGAAUGUGAUGUCACAACUUUCGUCACAGGACACUGAGUCUUCAUCUGAUUUCAUCACAACUGAAAGGAAUCUCCUGCGGAAGGCUAAUGAGAAGCUGCGUCAGGUUCUGGUGGAUGUGUUGAAAACCACAGCAGCGACGGAGGAGACGAUUGGUCGACAUGUGGAGACACUGCUGGAGGCAUCCAGUAGGGGGCAACAGCCUGCACACAGAGACGUGUCCUCCGAGAGUUUCCACGGCAGCGAGACGGUAGCGGACGACGCCAGUGUGUUCUCUGCGGAGACGGAGACCGAUGAAGGUCUGGAGAUGUCUCAGAUGUUGCUGGGGGCGGGGCUUCAGCUGGAGAGGGUGGAUCUUCAGUCAGAUGGGGCGGAGCUUCAGCUGGAGAGGGAGGAGUAUCUGAGCAGCAUCAGCUCUAGACUGCAGAGCGCUGUGGAGAAGCUUCUGUUCACCAUCACGGAGACAACCAGCCAGCUGGAGCAUGCUCGGGUGACUCAGACGGAGCUGAUGAGGGAGAAGUUCCGGCACAGUGAGGAGAUUGCGGAGUUACUGAGGAGGCAGGAGGAGCUCCAGGAGAGGCUGCAGGAGGAGGCCAGCGCCCGCCAGCGCCUCGCACUGCAGCUGCACAACGCUGAAGGGCUGAUUGACGGGUACUCAGGUGAGAGGCGGGCACUUGAGGAGCAGGUGCGUGAGAGGGCAGAGCUUCAACUGCAGUUGGAGCAGGAGCUUCAGGUGACCAGCAGCCGUCUGCAUGAGCUGGAGCACGAGAGACAAAAUCUCCACCACCAGAGGGAGCUGCUGCACCGGCAACAGGAGGCCAUGAGGGGCGGAGCCGGAGGGAGAGAACUACGCCUAGUUGAGGCUGCAGGUGACGCAGCACCUGAGGCAGACCUCCUGGAGGAGACAGAGAAGCUGAUGCAGGAGAAGGUAGAGGUGCAGCGGCAGGCGGAGAAGGAACAUGCAGAGCUCCUGCAACAGGUGAAGCAGAUGGAGGCUGAGCUUGAGGAGCAAGUGGGACAUUUCGCAGAGCUGGAGGAAACACACCGGGCUGAGAGUGCUGACCUCACACAGCAGAUCCACGCUCUGGAAAAACAACUGGAGAAUAACCGCAGAUUCCUAGAUGAGCAAGCAGUGGACAGAGAGCACGAGAGAGAUGUGUUUCAGCAGGAGAUCCAGAAACUGGAACAGCAGCUGAAGAAUCCCCCGAAACCCCUGCCCAGCAGUGACCAGCACCACAGAGAGGUGGAGGAGUUGAGCAGUGCUCUGAGGGAGAAAGCUGAUUGGUGCAGUGAACUCCUCCUGCGCUCGGAGCAGCUGCAGCGGGAGGUGGAGGAGAGGGAUGAGGAGAUAGAGAAGCUGGAGUCUCGCGUCAGAGCGCUGGAGCAGGCGCUGACCGCUAACGCCGACACGCUCAGCACAGCGGAGGAGAGUAAGCAGUAUGCCUCUAUGGCAGCUGGUGAUGAUGCCACACUGGAGGCUCUCCUCCAGACUGAAAGAGAGGCGCUGGACAGGAAGGAAAAGGAGAUUGUUAAUCUGGAGGAGCAGCUGGAGCAGUUCAGAGAGGAGCUCCAGAAUAAGAGUGAGGAGGUCCAGCAGCUGCACAUGCAGCUGGAGAUCCAGCGCAAGGAGAUCAGCACACAGCAGCAGGAGCUCCUGGCCCAGACUAACCUGCACGCGGUGUUGGAGCAGAAGGACAGGGAGAUAGCGCUGCUCAAUGAGCACAUCACUAAACUCCAGCUCACUGAAACGAGUCCUGACAACAAGGAGGUGGAGGAGAAGAGCGAGCUGGUGCUGGAGCUGGAGGCUCAGGUGGAGUACCUGCGCGGAGAGCAGGAGCGGCUGAAGCGGGACAGCGAGGAGGAGGUGGAGCAGCUGAACUCGGUCAUAGAGAAGCUCCAGCAGGAACUGUCCCACAUCGAGCACAAGCAGAGCCCCGCGGAGAGCGCUCCCGACGAGGAGGAGUACGACGAGCUCAAGCAGAAAAUGGACCAGGUCACGAGAGAGCUGGACACGCUCAAGACCGACCACUCCUCUCUCCUCGGCAAGUACGAGAGUCUGCGGCAGGAGGCGCUGGAGAGGGAGCUGGAGACGGAGAAGCAGAGCGAGAGGCUGGAGGACGCUCUGAGGGAGCGCACCGCGGCUCUGGUGGUGGCCCAGGCUCAGGUCCAGGCUCUGGAGGAGAGCGCCGGCUCCAGAGUGAGCGACCUGAUGCAGCGGAUAGCGGAGCUGGAGGAGAGCGUGGAGGAGAAGGAGCUGGAGCUCCACGCCUGCAGGCUGCAGGUGGAGAGAGCCCAGGAGGACGCAGAGUCCCUCCACCUCAAGGUCUCUCAGCUGGAGGACAAGCUCAGGGAGAAGGUGGCUGCCAUGUUGGUGAGCCAGGCCCAGCUGGAGGCGGUUCAGGUCCAAACCAAAGAGCUCCACAGGGAUGAAGCCGUGUUGGAUGAAGCCCUCGCUGGACUGGUGCGCUCCAGAGCGGGUCCGGAGGGCGAGGGCCUCGCGGUGGCUCCGGUGCGGAAGGUGGAGAGGGUGGGAAAGGUGGGCUUCCUGACGGAGAAGCUGCAGGAGCUGGAGCAGGGUCUGAGCUACAUGCAGAAGGACCAGGAGCUGCAGAAGGAGCUGCUGAGCAGCUCGGAGGAGGAGGUGCAGGAGUACGAGAGAAGGCUGGCUGUGCUAAUGGAGCUGCUCAACCAGAUGAGAACAAGACCACCACACACACCUGCCCAGUCGAUGGGUGACGACAGUACAGCGAUGGAGGAGCUUCUUCAGGAGCUGCAGGAGGUCAAAGGUGAAGCAGCAGCUAGUAAAGAAGAGCUAGAUAGCUGCAGAGAGCUCAGCCAGAAACUCCAGGAACAGAUAAAGCUCAAAGAAGCAGCGAUGGAGGAGCUGGAGAAAGACCUACAGAAGGCCUCAGAACGUGGGAGUGAAGAAGACUCCAGCAAAGUGUCUGAGCUUCUUCAGCAACUGCAGGAGGUCAAAGGUGAAGCAGCGGCUACCAAAGAGGAGCUUAGCAGCUGUAAAGAGAUCAGCCAGAAACUGCAGGAACAAAUACAGGAGCGAGAGAUGACGAUUGCCCUGCUGAAGGAUCAGCUGCACCGGGCAUCAGGUGAAGUCGACAAUUCUGAGCUUCUUCAGGAGCUUCAGGAGGUCAGAAGUGAAGCAGCAGCUACUAAAGAGGAGCUGAACAGCUACAUAGAAAGGAGCCUCAAACUGCAGGAGCAGAUCCAGGUUCGAGACGUGUCCAUUGCUCAGCUGAUGGACGAGCUCCAGCAGCUCCGUACGGCCUUAUCCAAAUCCAGCGAGGACGUCCCGGCCCAGCAGCCUCAGUCCCACUCCAGGAAGAAAGCAGGAAAGCACAGUGAGGGAAAAGGCAAAGGGAACAGCGUAGCCAAAGACAAACCAUCCCUGUCCAGGAAGAACUCCAACAGCCAGCCUGAGAAGUCUGCUAACAGCGCACAGGCCUCCUCCCAGACUCGAGUGGACGCGGGGACUCAGGUGGAGCAGGAGGAAGUGUCGGAGGAGCUGGAGGAGGUGAUCGGGGAGUACAGAGAGCGGAUCGGACAGAUGCAGGAGCUCCACGCCGCUGAAAUCAUGGACAUGGAGAACAGGCACAUUUCAGAGAGCGACAGUCUGAAGAGGGAGAACCAGCGGCUGGAGCAGGAGUGCAGCGCUCUCAGAGCCGCCGUCAACAACCUCCGCUCCGGAGAGGCUGUGAGACUGGACCUUCCUGCUUCCUCCCAGUUCAGAGACGGCUACACUAGCGACAGCAGCUCGGACUGGAGCCAGCGGACGGGCUUUGAGCUGCCUCACCUGCAGGCCGAGUUCAGGAGCACACCUGAGGGAGCACGCAGGGACGACUCUGAAGUGCUGCCUGAUAGGAUCAAGACUCUGCUGAGGGAGGUUCAUCAGGAGGGCAUGCAGGUCCUGUCUCUGUCUGAAAUCCCUGUGCCUGAGGCCGAACACCCCGCAGCACAGCUCCCCCUGCAGGCCUGGAGGAAAGAGAAGGAGGCGCUGCUGGACACGGUGGAGUCCCUGAAAACCCUCAUUACUCAGCUACAGACUCACAGCCAGACUCAGACAGAGACAGAGUCUGCAGGUGACUGGCGUGGUGACCUGCUCAGUGCGGUGCAGCAGGUGUUUCUGAGGGAGCGAGAGGUGCUGAAGGUCGCACUACUCAACCAGCUGGACCUGCUGGACACCAGAGACGCUGUCAUUCACCUCAACCAGCUAGAGAGAGCACUAACAGACCAGGAUGCUGUCCAGCGGGAGGCGCUGUCGUCUCUUCAGUCCGCUGACCGCCGCGGUCUGCUGGCCGAGAUCACACACCUGCGGACACAGCUUCAGCACCUGCAGCGGGAUGCACGCCUCACUCAGCAGCCCCGCCCAGUGGACAGCAGCGGGAUGUCUGAAGGCUGGCCGGAGGCUGGAGGAGAGGGAGGAGGCAGUGAUGGAGGGAGAGAAGGAGGCAGUGAUGGAGGGAGAGGAGGAGCAGGAGAGAGAGAGGACAGGCUUCCUGCAGCAGUGGAGGAUCUGAAGGGUGAACUGGCUCAGACCAAACUGGAGCUGGAGGUUUCACUGCAGACGCAGAGUAAAUACCUCAAAGAGCUGGAGACACUGAGGGCGGAGGUGUGUGGAAAAGCCUCUGAGCUGGACUCUCUGAGUGACCGGCUGGCAGAGGAGCAGAAACGGGUGAGAGAGCUACAGUGGGCAAUGGAGAGAGAGAAGAACAGAGCAGAACGGAGGGAGAAAGGAGAGCGAGAGGAGCUGGAGGACCUGAGGCUGGCUCUGGAGGACCAUCAGGCUCGUGUAGCAGAUCUGUCUGUCUCUCUGGAGGAGGAGAGGAAAGUCUCUGCUCAGCUCAGAGAGGAGAGAGAUGGAGAAAUCUCCAAACACAUCAGCCUCAACACCGAGCUGCAGGUGCAGUUGGAGGCCCAGCAGCUGCAGACUGUUGAGUUGAGCUCCUCACUGCAGAAGGAGAAGGAACUGAACGCCCAGCUGCUCAAACAGCUGCCGCACUCCAACCCAGAUACGCAGCGCCCCCCGCAGGCCGUCAACGCUCAAGGGGUGGAGCUGGCCGAGGCGAGCUGCAGUCAGGUGGAGGAGGGCGUCCGCUCCGUGGAAGUCCUUCUGCAGUCCCUGCAGGAUCAGUUGACUGAGAAGCAGUCAGCGCUGGUGGAUCUGAUGGGGCAGCUGGAGCAGCAGAAGCUGCAGGAGGUUCAGGCUAAACGAGCCUGGGAGCAGGAGAGAGGCGAACUGACCCGCGGCCUGCAGGGGGUGCGAGAGAGCCUGGCGAAGCUGGAGAGACGAGCGGAGGAGCUGAAGGCCCAGCUGGACGGAGAGAGGGAGCGAGGGAUGAGGCUGGAGAGAGAGAGAGACGGACUGCAGCAGAGAGUGACCGAGCUGAUGGAGAGAAGUCAGCGGGACAACCAGCAGCAGACUCCUUGGGAAGCUGAAGGUCAGCCGGUGGACCGGACGCGAGACUGGGUCUUACAGCAGAAGGUGGAGGAGGCUGGGACUCUGACCUCCAGCAGCACCACCGUGAUGGACGCUGCAGGACAAACAGCAGGGCAAGCGGCAGAUGCCAGAAACCUGGACAGCGUCAUCAACAGACUGCAGCUCAUCGCCAGCAAGAUCAACAGCAUGACCAGCAACACUGCCGGCAGGCUGCCCGCGGAGGGUCCUGACAGAGAGAGCUUAACCUGGUUACACAGCAGUGUUCAAGAUGUCCUGUCUCUUCUGCAGCAGGUCCCACCAGUGCCCCCUGCUGUACCGGAGAGCGCCGCCUUGCUGCCCGGAGGCUCGUCCAGCGCGCUGACGGAGCGUUUGCUGAGGCAGAAUGCUGAGCUCACCGGGUUCGUCAGCCGCCUGACGGAGGAGAAGAACGAGCUGAGGAAUCAGCUGCUGAGACUGGAGGAAGAGCUGAGGAGACAGCGACACCUGUCGGCACACAACUCCAGCCGGAGUGGCUCUGAAGGUCAGGAGCUGGUGCUGUUCUCCAGCGAGAGGGAGGCGUGGAGCAGGGAGAAGAUCAGGCUGGAGAAGUCUCUCAGACAGGCGGAGGCGGAGCUGUCUCGGCUUCGGGGGGAGAUCCGCUCCGAUGCGCUCAGAGAUGUCGCUGCGCCCGAUACCGACAACUCUGCGCUGAAGAGGAUCUAUGGGAAGUACCUGCGUGCCGAGAGUUUCCGGAAGGCUCUGAUCUACCAGAAGAAGUACCUGCUGCUGCUGCUGGGGGGCUUCCAGGAGUGCGAGGAGGCCACCCUCUCUCUAAUCGCCCGAAUGGGUGGACGACCCACGUACUCCCGCCUGGAGUCUCUGGGUCAGCGCCGCCGCGGAUUCACACGUUUCCGAUCCGCCGUCCGCGUCUCCAUUGCCCUCUCCAGGAUGCGUUUUCUGGUGCGGAGGUGGAAGAAGGCCACAGGAGGGUCCAUCAGCACCCCCAGCAUCAACAGAAACGGAUUAGGCCAGUCUCCAGGUAUUGAGGGCAGGAACGACUCCCCCUACCUGCAGCCGAGUGUAGAGCAGUAUGGAGACAGAAGAGGGACAAACCGCACUGGGAGAGAAUCACCCCGGACUGGACAUUACAGCCACCACCGGUGCGGUGCUGCAGGAGGUGAUGGAGGGAGCGUUCUGUGUUCUCACCUGCAGAACUACGAUCCUGACCGUGCGCUCACUGACUACAUCUCCAGACUGGAGGCUCUGCAGAGGAGACUGGGCAGCGUCCAGUCGGGUUCCUCUUCAUACACUCAGCUGCACUUUGGCGUGAGGAGAUGAGGAGAUGUUCAGAUGUCCUCCUGGACCCGUGUGGAGAAGCAGAGAGUGGACGGAGGGCUGGGCAGCCGUUGGUGGUGCUGAGCUGCUGCUGUGGAUUUACACUCAUCAUAAACGUGGAUCAAUAACGGGACCAAACCAGCGUCUGUACUCGCGCUUGUCCGUCGCCGGCGUCGCUGUGUGUGCGUUAGGAUGCGUUUGUGUCGCUGAUUCAAAGUCAAUCAUGUUGUAAAUGUGUAUUUGUGGGAAUGCUAAUUUAAUUAAUUUAUACUGUGUAUGCGGGGGUGUGAUAGUGUAGAGGGGGCGUGGCUUUACCGGAGGCUGCUAUUGGACUCAUGCUAACACUGAUACUGUAUGAGAUGGCACGUUGCCUGUUAUAAACGCCUAAUAAACGCUUAACGAAGCACAUAAGAGUGACAUUUACAACAACGUCUGAUAAGCGCCGGGGUGUUUUCUUCUUUCUUUGUGCCGUAACCGAGCGGACGGCGCAGCGUACGACGGCUGUUAUAAAUGUUAUUUGGGGUUCUAAUCUACCUUAUGAGGCUUCGUGAAGGCUUUAUGAAGGCCGCAGUGUGCCGCUGUGCGUCUGUACGGUGUCGUCAGACACACUACACUGUGUUUUAUUAGCUCGGUUUGAGAACAGGACAUUUGUAGAAGACAUAUUUUUGUAAAGGCAGGAGCUUUGAAUUUUCUGGGUAUUUUGUCAACACUGAAAUAAAGAUUAAUAUAAUAUUUCACA